AUGACUGCAAGGUUCCCAGGUCCUUUGGCUGCAAAAUACACCCAAAUCAUCACCCCUCUACUGCCACACUUGACAGUUGGUACAAUUGCUUCUCUAAGAUCAUCGUGGAUUUCUUUCAUCAAAGGGCCUGAGGGUAGGAUCAAAGCUUGGCAUAGAAAUCACCUAUUACCUAUUGCCUUCUCUGAUGAAAAUUCUAGUUCUGAGGAAGACACUGGUGAAGCCAAUACGAAUUCUAGCAUACAGCCUCUUUCAGAAACUGACUCAGACAACCCUGGAGAAGGUCCCAGUGGGACAUCGCCAACUACUGAUAAAGAAGAAACUACUGCUUCCAGCCCCGAAAGAGAUUGGUGGACAGUGCCAGAAACACAGUCGGUGUCUCCUACCUCUACUCCCUCUCCUUCUUCCUCCUCAUCCGGAUUGAAUGCUGAGAGUCCCAGCUUUGUUCUCCAUCCACCAGUUAGGGACUUUAACGCUAUGGAAGGAUCUGGGCAACCACAGAGCAACCUGGGGAGAUGCAGAAGAAAUAGGAGACCCCCAAGAUUCUUGACCUAUGAUACCAUUGGGCAACCCACCUAUUCUCAGGACCCCCACACUUGCACUAAAUUAAUCAAUGAUACAACUAUAAAUGUAAAGUCCCUUGCGGCGAGGUUUAACGGGGUGUCUAGUCCCAUGGAGGAUUCGGAGAGUUCACCAGGGCACCCUGCUCUAAAGGUCAUACAGGCAAGAAAAGCUGGCUUUGAAAAAAAUUCCUCCUCUGUUCCAGGACUUCUACCCAUAAAGCCUGCGCCACCAAAACCUCUUCAAGGACUUAAACCUGCAGCAGAUGAAGUGAAACCUCCGUUUGCAAAACCCAAUGUGGGACUUAAUAGAAAUGGCGGAUCAUUUCAUGUAUCUAAAAAGGAAAUGGAAGCAAAAAGUGCAUGUCUAAAACCAACAGGAUUUAAACCUACAGAUCUACAUAAAGAGGAACCAACAUCCCAAUUCCCAAAACCAACUGGGUAUAAGCCUUCACCUUGGGCCCAACAAGAAAACAAGUUAAGUGAUAUCAAGUCAAAAUUUCAGCCUGCUCCUAAGGAAAAUGAAGAAAAACCUAUAUUUCCCAAACCGUCAGCCCUAAAGGCACUCAAUGCAACCAGUGUUGAGAGUGAAUUGAAACCUUUAUUCCCCAAAAAGACACAGCCUGGGACAAAACCUCCUCUGAAUGCCAAUGCCUCUCCAAGUGAAAACACUGUGUCCAAAAAUGCUUUUGUGGCCAAAACAUUUUCAUCUUCUCUUGAAAAUAAGCAAUCAAAGCCAUCCAAAGAACCAGCUGAAAUCAGUGAAGCAUCAAGUUCUGAAUCACAACCUUUUCCUGGGGUGAAAUUAAGACCAACCGGACUCAAACCCAUCCCAAGCCCAGUUCCAAAGCAGGAUGAUGAGAAACAUAAUGAUGACACAAGGCCAACUACUGCAAGAGAUAUUUUCAACAAAGCAAGCCAAGAUAAUAAUUCAAGGUUCUCAAAAACACAACAAAUAGGUCAGGUGGUCAGUGCUUGGGACAAAUCAAAGGAACAGAAGGAUCCUUCUGAACCAAAGAGGAAACCUCUGCCGCCAUUGUUUAAAUUAGGUCCUGCACCUCAGAAGCCACCCAGGCCACCAAAGGUAGACCUGGGACGAUUUAAAAAUGCAGGUGGAAAUGGUAACAGCAAGGCAGUUGUAACUGAGAAGAAGUCAUCGGCACUUUCCGCAGCACUACCUCCCCCACCUCCAGCAGCUCAAGGUGGGCCAGCAGCCAAACAGCUGGCAGGUCCACCACCACCUAGUUUACCUCCAAGAAACAUUAGACCUCCUGCAGACACAACGUUUCCAUCUGAUGAUGAAAACUAUGACGACGUUGAGGGUAAAGGUGGCUCAUUUGUUGAUGACAUGAGUCUAGAAAGUGAUGAGGAGUUCUAUGAAGGACUUGAUCAGGAAAGCAUACAAUAUCGAAAAGAAGAAGAAGCAAAAAGAGAGAAAAGGGAAAAGAAAAGGCUGGAACAAGCUAAAAAGGAGCAAAAGGAAAAAGAAAAGAAAGAACAAGAAAUGAAAAAACGGUUCAAACUCACAGGUUCAGUUGAAGUCCUUCACCAGGCCACGGCUUGCAAUGACUACAAAGGUGGAAAGAAUGAGCUUACUUUCAAACAGGGAGACCAGAUUGAGAUAAUCCGUGUUACAAACAACCCAGAGGGAAAGUGGCUGGGUAGAAUGAACGGAUGCUAUGGCUACAUCAAGACAACCAUGGUGAAUAUCGACUAUGAUUCACUUAGAAGGAAACAAUCAUCAAUGCAUCGUCCAGUAAAGCAUCAUGAAAGUGACCAAGAAAUAUAUGAUGAUGUAGGAGAGGAAGACAGCUUCAGCAACCAGAGUGUUGGUGGGGGUGCGGGAUUGUUCCCACCACCUCCAAGUAACGAGGACAUCUAUGAUGGUGUUGACGAGGGCAAUGACAGCUCUGUACCACAGGACGAAGAGAAAACAAACGGACGGACGUGGGGGAUUUUUAAGUUGCUGAAGGGGGCUAAUCCAAAAAAGAAAAAUGUGUUUGCAAAAUCAGAAAAAGAAGAUCUGGAAGAUAAUGAGUUUGUCUUACUAUCGCCAUUUGCACAAGAAGGUGAUGUUUAUGAUGAUGUGGACUCGAGUGACUUUCCUCCUCCUCCUCCAUUGGAAUCCAGCUUAGUGGUGAAUAGCAGGUCCUCAACUCUUGGAAAAUCCACUGAAAAAGAUUACAAAACGCUGAAAAAAAUUGAAAAAGAAGAGAAGGAAUUCAGGAAAAAGUUUAAGUACACUGGUGAAAUAAGAACCCUCUCAACCAUCCAAGUGGUGCACAACUUAACAACCAAAAAAUGGGGUUCAAAAGAUUUACCUCUGAAGCCUGCAGAAUCCCUUGAUGUCAUUCAACACACCAACGAUACUACCCUUCUGUGCAGGAACAGUGAAGGAAAAUAUGGUUAUGUUUUAAGAAGUAACGUGGUUGAUGAUGAUGGAGAAAUAUAUGAUGACAUUGGUGAAGAAUGCAUCUACGACAAUGACUAAACAGACGCAAA